AUGAAACCCACAUUUUCGUCUCUACUUGUGGCGCCGCCGUCACAGUCGAAAGCUGCGCUGCAUACCCUUGAGACCGAUGGAAAGCUUGAAGGCCUCGAGGGCCUUCCCAUCGAGAUCAUCUUCGACAUAUUUCAGCAACUAGACGUGCGCAGCAUAUUCUCUUUGGGGCAGGUCACCACGCUCUUCCACGGUCUGCUGAAAACAAAUAGAGCGGCUAUCCUACUGCCUGUUCUACAACGGGAGUUCAGCCCGUUUCCCGAACUACUUCAAGUCUACACGGUAUCAGGACAAGACUUGAGCCGGUACGGAGACACUUUCCAGCCUCGAAAGGUUGUUUUCCGCCGUUUCCCAGGUGACAUCGCUGGCGUCACCUUGUCACGUGGUGGCUUCCAGACCGAUUCUACACUGUCUCCUGAGCAGGUGUUGUUCAGCAAGAUAAUCGACAGUGGGAAGCUUGGGUCUGCUGAUGCCUUGCCGGCGCCAAGAGCGGCCACUCUUGUCGAUGGCGAUCUCGAUUCAUUGCUGAAGUACUGUAUGGUUGUGCGGCGAUGGGAAGAAUUGUACCCUCGACUCCGUUGGUUUUCGGCACCCGAGGACUGCCGCCACCUCGAGGAGACGGAGAAGUUCAAGCUCAGAAGAGCUCUCUAUCGCUGGUGGCUCUACGCAUCCUACUUUCACGGCGAGCUACCGCGACCUCUCGGCGGUCAACCUUUGCCAUUUGUCAAUGACAUUCGAAUGAGUCACACCAGAUUGCACCCAACACGUGAACUGAUGGAGAUGAAAGAUCUUUUCACAUGUGUCAAGCAGCUUAUUCGACACUACAUCUACCCAAUCCUGGAGCAGAAAUUGGGACCCCCGCAGGACAUCUCAACGCUACAUGCGACCAUUGAAGACAAUAUGCGCGAGCGCAUCGUGGACACCUACGCCAAGCUGGAUCCACGGGAUCUCAUAUUUUACUUCGAGAACUUGUUCAAUUAUCCGCGAAGACGUCUCGUAACAGACGUGAACCUGAGGCACCCUAACUUCUCCCGCGACCAGCAAUCCUUUGAGGGGGCCGUUGAAUCCGUUAUUCUCGAACGCCCAUGGCUGUUCGAAAUCCGCGAUCUGAACAUUGUCGGGAGCAUUGUGGAUACCGACGACGUAUGCGAGGAUCAUCUCAAGAACGACGGGAUACCCAACGGCACGAUUGUGGCUCCUGGGGCUUUCCGGCAGCCUCUGAGUGAUUGGACACCGCCGGGAGACGACGGAUGGGCUCUCACUGAGCGAGAUAACUUUUGUCGAACCGCAGGACAUGGGUUUGGUUAUUCGCACGAGAUGUAUUUGGGUGACGACCUAGACUAG